AUGGAAAAGGAAAAUGAAACCAAUGUCUCUGAAUUUCUUCUCCUGGGCUUCUCGAGUUGGCCAGGGCAGCAGGUUCUACUCUUUGCACUUAUCCUGUGUCUCUAUCUCACAGGAAUCUUUGGAAACUUACUCAUCUUGCUGGUCAUUGGCUCAGACCAUCGUCUACACACACCCAUGUAUUUCUUCCUUGCCAAUCUGUCUUUGGUAGACCUCUGUCUUCCUUCAGCUACAGUGCCCAAGAUGCUACUGAACAUCCAAACCCAGACUCAAACCAUCUCCUAUCCUGGCUGCCUGGCUCAAAUGUAUUUCUGUAUGAUGUUUGCCAACAUGGAUAAUUUUCUUCUCACAGUGAUGGCAUAUGACCGUUAUGUGGCCAUCUGUCACCCUUUGCAUUACUCCACCAUGAUGACUCAGCGCCUCUGUACCUCUCUGGUGUCUGUACCUUGGGUCAUUGCCAUUUUAAACCCUCUCUUGCACACACUUAUGAUGGCUCGUCUGCACUUCUGCUCUGACAAUAUCAUCCACCAUUUCUUCUGUGAUAUCAACUCUCUCCUGCCUCUAUCUUGUUCUGACACCAGUCUUAAUCAGUUGAUGGUUCUGGCCGUGGUGGGGCUGAUUUUUGUGGUACCUUCAGUGUGUAUCCUGGUAUCCUAUAGCCUCAUUGUCUCUGCUGUUAUGAAAGUCCCUUCUGCCCAAGGAAAACUUAAGGCUUUCUCUACCUGUGGAUCUCACCUUGCCUUGGUCAUUCUUUUCUAUGGAGCCAUCACAGGGGUUUAUAUGAGCCCCUCAUCCAAUCACUCAACUGAAAAAGACUCAGCUGCAUCAGUGAUUUUCAUGAUCAUAGCCCCUGUGUUGAAUCCCUUCAUUUACAGCCUAAGGAACAAUGAACUGAAGGGGGCUUUUAAAAAGAUGCUAAGCCGAAGUAAAAUCUUCUUCCAGUGA